AAUAGGUUGGUCUUAUUGCUGCCCGCCGCACUGGUCUCCUCCGUGGUACCAAGAAGGUCAAGGAUCAAUAAAUGCAAUAAAAAAUUACCAUAUGCACCCUUGCUUUCUUUCUUCCUCUCUUUGUCUUUUCUUUAAACAACUUGUGAUAUCUUAUCCAGUUUCUUUUGAAAAUCAGCAUUCUUGGAAACAUUAUUUUGAUACAAGUAUGGUUUGUCUUGGCACUUGUAUGUUUAUUUGGCUGGAAAGGGAAAUCAUCACAGAAAGAGCAAUUGAGAUCAUGAGCUGGGUUUACGCUUAUAUGCUAGAGAAACGGUCCCUGUAUCAACUUCACGAAUAGCCAAGAAAAAGUUUAGCAAAACACAGACGCUGAGCCCUCUUUCUCUCAAACUACCAGGAAUUCCUCUGUGUAACUCCCAUUGGAUAGCCACAUGUGCAU